GAUUCGUCAAUGGUCAAGAAACGCACCGGAAUCAAGGCUGACUAUGUUCGGCUAACUGUCAAGAUUGAGCUCGCCGACUCUCACCCCUUUACGUCGUCCGAUUUUGAACUAUUUGUUAGUGAAUCCGUGAAAAGAGUUUUGGGUACAUGCGGUCCUCAAGUGCAGAUCGCUGGUUAUGAUGAGUCAACCAGUAAAGGUAGCAUAAUAGUAGCUGGUGAAGACGCUCAGCUUGUCUGGGCCUCGUUAACAAUAAGUGGUCAGUACAACGGGCAGUACCGCACAAGAAACAUAGCUGCUCACUUCUUCUCGGUACGUAAUUUAUGA